CCAGAAGAGAGAAAAAAAGGGGGGGAGGGGAAAAGAGCUAAGCCCCGCCCCCUCGCCUUUCGGCCCCGCCCUCCUGCCUGCCCAGCCGGCCGGAAGGAUGCGCUCCCGGAAGUUCCGGUGGGGCCCUCGCUGUGAGGGGUAAACAGUAAUGGCGGAGGCUGCGGUGGCCCCCGGUGGUGGUGGCGGCUGCACGGCGGCAGCUGGCGAGGCCUCUCCCUCCGCCGAGGCCGCCACCAUCACCACCACCACCACGGCCUCCAGCCUCCCUCAGGCAGCGCCCGCCGGAGCCGGAGGAGGAGGAAGCGGCGGAGGAGGAAGCGGCGGCUGGACGAAGCAGGUCGCCUGCAGAUAUUUCAUGCAUGGUGUUUGCAAGGAGGGAGACAACUGCCGUUACUCUCAUGAUCUCUACACUAGUCAGUCUGCCAUGGUAUGCAGGUAUUUUCAGCGAGGAUGCUGUGCUUACGGAGAUCGUUGCAGAUAUGAACAUACCAAGCCAUUGAAAAGGGAAGAAGUGACUACUGUGAGUCCAUCUACAAAAACCUUUCCUUCAGCGUCCACAGAUGUGACCCCAUCUCCUGGAACACUUGAAGCGAACACCGGUGAGACUGAAGUUGAAGACAGAAGCUUGGCCGCUGCAGGACCUGUGGCUGAAGACUGGGUCAAUGCAGUGGAGUUUGUUCCUGGGCAGCCAUACUGUGGCCGUGCUGCCCCAUCCUGCACUGAGGCACCCUUGCAGGGAAUGGUCAUUGAAGAGGAAUAUGAGAAACAACAAACAAACCUGGAGAUGAAGAAACAGCUAUGUCCCUAUGCUGCAGUAGGAGAAUGCCGUUAUGGAGAAAACUGUGUAUAUAUCCAUGGAGAUGUGUGUGAUAUGUGUGGCUUGCAGGUUCUCCAUCCCGCUGAUGCUGCACAACGAUCUCUGCACAUAAAGUCUUGCAUUGAGGCUCAUGAAAAGGACAUGGAGCUCUCAUUUGCCGUCCAGCGUAGCAAAGACAUGGUGUGCGGGGUCUGCAUGGAGGUGGUGUAUGAGAAAGCCAAUCCCAGUGAACGUCGUUUUGGGAUCCUUUCUAACUGCAACCACACUUACUGUCUCAAGUGCAUCCGCAAAUGGAGGAGCGCUAAGCAAUUUGAGAGCAAGAUUAUAAAGUCCUGCCCAGAAUGCCGGAUCACAUCUAACUUUGUCAUUCCAAGUGAGUACUGGGUGGAGGAGAAGGAAGAGAAGCAGAAACUCAUUCAGAAAUACAAGGAGGCAAUGAGCAACAAGCCAUGCAGGUAUUUUGAUGAAGGCCGUGGGAGCUGCCCAUUUGGAGGGAACUGUUUUUACAAACACGCAUAUCCCGAUGGCCGCCGAGAGGAGCCCCAGAGGCAGAAAGUGGGGACUUCGAGUAGAUACAGAGCCCCGCGGAGAAACCGGUUCUGGGAGUUCAUUGAAGAGAGGGAGGGCAAUGACCCCUUUGAAAACGAUGAGGACGAGGUGGUGACCUUUGAGCUGGGCGAGAUGCUCCUGAUGCUGUUGGCGGCAGGUGGCGAUGAUGACUUGACAGACUCCGAGGAUGAAUGGGACUUGUUUCACGAUGAGCUGGAAGACUAUUACGACUUGGAUCUAUAGCACCUCUUUGUGGAGUUUGGACUGUCUGCUCAAUUUCCAGACAGUAGCUCUUUUCCUGUGGUGUUGUGGCUGUGCCUGUGUUUCUCCCCUCUCCUAGGCAGGCCUAUCCAUUCCAGGUGCUGCUGUUGUAAUAACUUUUUACCCAGGGUCUGUCUCCUCUCCCCCGCCCUCAACCUCCGACCCCCUCCCACCCGCCAGCCCCGGGAGUGUGUUUUUUCUUCUCUGUUAAACAAAUGACAGGAAAUAAACCUUUAAAAUGUUAGUUUUUGUACAAAUGAAUUUAACUGUCGGACAGUUAGAUUAGACUUGUUGCUUCAUAUCUGUGUUCCUGACGGGAUUUACCCAGUUCCAGGGUUCAAGUGUUUACAGGACUUCCACAUUCAUCUUGAAGAGCCCAGAUACAAACAUGAGAGCAGUGGUCAUGCAGUGCCAGGGGAGCGGGGCGGAGGGAUGGGCAGAAGUGAGCCGCCAACGGCCUCUUUCCACUAUGGACUUUGGAAACAAUUUUUUUCUACUUCAAAUACCAGGCCAGCGGUGUGUUUUCUGGACUGGCUUCAGCUCCAUUCCAAACCUCCUCACCACCACCUUCAUGUUCAUGUGUUCAUUUGUGGUUUUGGCCUCUUGUUUACUUGCACAUUACUAUUUACUACUGUGUAACCAGAACCAGGCGCGAAUGUUCCGGGUUUUUACUGUUUGGCAUGAAAGGCAAAUGUGUUUGUGUGUGAAAGGAGAACUUUCUAUGUAUGUAUAUACAAAUAAAAUGCAGAGUUGUAUCCCAAGGUCUGUGCAACUUAGUAUAUGUGUGUAUUAAACUUUUCCACUUCCUUUUUUCUUCUCCCACCUUGCCCACUUAUGAGCACACUCUUCUUCAGUGCACAAUGUCUGACACUCAACUGGAUUUUGAAACGAAUAUUGUGGCUCUCAGCCAGUUCUGUAAAACUAGGUAACAGAACUUGAUAGUAGGCCCUUUCUUCAUGGCACUUCUCCUCCUGUCCCAGCCACUUUUUACUCCUUUGAGUGUUUUUGAGUUGCACAGAUAUAAGCAUAUGGUUAGCCAAAGAGGGUUCAGACUAAACUGUACUAUUAGUUAGGACACCACCAUAUUGGGAUCCCUGUGUUCACUUUCGCCUUUGCAAAUUUGAAUAUCUUUAGUAGUAACCAAGUAGAGUUUUAUCUGUAAGAUCCCUUCUGUGUCUUGAUGAAGAGGCCCCUUAUUGUCCUGCAGAAUACCUGAGUUCAGACUAUUGUACUUCUAUUGGCUGUACAAUGCGCAUGUUACUCCUUUAUCCCUAGAACAAACAACCAAACAAUUUACCCAAGGUCCAGUUCUGCUAGAAAGAAAUUCAGGUGCUGCCAAAGCCUCCUCACUCACCGCCACCUUUUCCCUUUCCUUCCCCCUUAAUGGAAUUUUAACUUUCCAUUACACUUAAUGCUGCUGGAUUGUCUUUGAACUGUUCUGCUUCUGUCCUUUAGAUUGUGUCUCCUUUCACUUUUAAAUGGAAUCAGAAAUUGUUGCUGAAGUCUGUGUUACUUUGCAGCUGCCUUUUGUAAGAAGCACUUUUCCCAAAUAAAAAAAGCAAAAAAGAA